GUAGCUGUACUCAACACAGAUUGCCGCGUCAAGUGGGACCCAGAAGAGCGGUCACGUGCCGCAAUGAAAUUGUGGUGUCCAGCGUGAAGCUGACUCAGUCAUGACUUUGUGCGGGUCCCACACGCAAUAUCAAGAAAAAAAAAUUCCCACAAAUCACAAAACGUUCUAAGAUUUGGCGUGAAGGACUCCCAAACUUUUCCACAUUGGUUUGGAGGACUCCGAAGCUUACGUCUAAAAGUUUAAAUCAAAUCUAAUCCUAUAAUAUAAUUAUAUUUAUUUUUUUCUAUAACGUAAUAUUUGCAGAAAAGGAUACAUAAUAAUAAGAAAAAGAAAAAAAAUAGUAAUAAAAUAUUACAAAUCCCAAAACAUAUUGUAUUCUUGCUGUUGCCAACUUGCAUGGAACUCUCUCUCUCUCUCUCUCUCUCUCUCUCUCAACUCUUGGUUGUGUAAAGUAAAAGUACAUACAUUUGCUAUGGAUUGAAUUGAAUUUGUGAUAUAUAUUUGAUAUUAAUAAGCCUAUAAAGUAUGUAAUAAGAAAGAAAGAAAGUUAGGAUUUUCAGGGAAGGACUCGGGACCUGCGAAUUCUCAGGGAAGGACUCUCCGGCCAAUUAUAAAUACCUACUUUUUACUUUCACCUCAAUGCCAUCCCUUCUUAAUUUCUUUCUUGCUUUCUUCACUUUUAUUGGCUUUCUUCAUAUUAUUUUCCGUUUCAAUCUUCUUUCAGGAUGACUAUUCUCAUUGAGCAACCACAGCUUGUUACAGGGUUUGAGGAAGAGGAAAAGAAGAUCCCUGUUGACGAGAAAGAACUGGUGUUGGACGGUGGAUUUGUGGUGCCACAAACCAACUCUUUUGGCCAAACUUUUAGAGAUUAUGAUGCUGGAGGUGAGAGGCAACCAGGUGUGGAGAAUUUCUACAGGAUUAAUCACAUUAGCCAGACCUAUGAAUUUGUGAAAAGGAUGAGAGAAGAGUAUGCCAAGCUGAACAGAGUGGAAAUGAGCAUAUGGGAAUGUUGUGAACUUCUUAAUAAUGUUGUAGAUGAGAGUGAUCCUGACUUGGAUGAACCUCAAAUUGAGCAUUUGCUGCAAACAGCUGAAGCCAUUAGAAAGGACUAUCCCAAUGAAGACUGGCUGCACUUGACUGGCCUUAUUCAUGAUCUUGGAAAGGUGCUUCUUCUUCCCAGCUUUGGUGAGCUUCCACAAUGGGCUGUUGUAGGUGACACUUUCCCUGUUGGAUGUGCUUUUGAUGAAUCAAUAGUCCAUCACAAGUAUUUCAAGGAGAAUCCUGACUACAAUAAUCCUGCUUUCAAUACUAAGUAUGGGGUUUACUCAGAAGGAUGUGGAUUAAACAAUGUUAUGAUGUCGUGGGGACACGAUGAUUACAUGUAUCUGGUGGCCAAGGAGAAUAGGACAACUCUACCUUCAGCAGCUCUUUUCAUCAUCAGAUACCAUUCAUUCUAUGCCCUACACAGGUCAGAAGCGUACAAGCACUUGAUGAAUGAAGAGGAUAUUGAAAAUCUGAAGUGGCUUCAAAUAUUCAACAAAUAUGACCUCUACAGCAAGAGCAAAGUUCGUAUUGAUGUGGAAAAGGUGAAGCCAUACUAUCUCUCCCUCAUUGAAAAGUACUUCCCUGCAAAGCUAAAAUGGUGAAUCUUGAAAGAUUUCAAGUUCAAUCAGUGAAGAUCAGGAUGCUUAAUAUCUUGCAGAGACAAAGGGCUGCUGUAGUUCCCUUGGAAACAUCUUUGUAACAGUAAUUACAGUUUUUUUGUGCAUCCAGCUCGAUCUUUGUAGCUUGAGUGUCAUCAUUUACUCUAUUAGUUUGCUUCCAAAAAAUAAAGUUGCUUAAAUGCUUUGCUAA